AUGACCGCUAGCCCGUUCACACCACCCGCCACCCAACCGGGCCUGGUUGUCGAUGACCACGACAACGUCAUCAUCCGCCCGGACUGCCCCUUCCCCUCAGUGCCGCCGGACCAGGUCCUCGUGCGUGUGCACGCCGUCGGCGUCAACCCCAGCGACACCAAGAUGCGCGGGCCGUUCGCCCUCCCCCACGCCAUCCUUGGCGCGGACUUCGCGGGCGAGGUCGUCGCCACCGGCGCAGACGUGACCGACGUGCAGAUUGGCGACCGCGUGUGCGGGGCGCAGAACGAGCUCUUCAGGGAGAGCCCGGAGCGUGGGGCGUUCGCGGCCUACAACGUGACUCGCGGCCGGAUGUGGAUGAAGAUCCCUGACGCGUGGAGCUACGAGGCCGCCGCGAGCCUGCCCGUGGGUCUAUGCACCGCCGGCCUGGCGCUGAAGCUGCUGGGUCUGCCGCUGCCGGACCAGCCGGUCGACAAGGGCGCGCAUGUGCUGGUGUACGGCGGGAGUACGGCCACGGCGACAAUUGCCAUCCAGCUCUUGAAGAUGUCUGGGUUGAUUCCUAUUGCCGUGUGCUCGCCCAAGAACUUUGCCUUGGCGAGGAGUAACGGUGCCGAGGAGGUCUUUGACAGGCAUGAUAAGGAGUGUGCGCAGAAGAUUAAAUCCUACACGAAAAACAACCUGAAAUACGCCCUCGACUGCAUCACCAGCGUCGAGUCGACCGUCCUCUGCUUCGCGGCCAUCGGACGGGCGGGCGGCAAAUACGUCUCGCUGGACCCGUGGCAGGAGCACGCGGCCACGCGCAAGGUCGUCAAGUGCGACUUCACCGUCGGGCCCAGGGUGUUUGGCGAGGGGUGUACGUGGCCCGCGCCGUACGGGAGUGGGCCGGACCAAGACCUCAAGGAGUUCGGGGUGAGGCUCUGGGACGUGGCGAGGAAGCUGGUCGCCGAGGGGAAGCUCAAGAACCACCCCCUCAGGGUGCUGGACGGCGGGUUCGAGGCGGUGAUGGCGGGGAUGGAGCUGAUUCGGGACAAGAAGCUGUCGGGGGAGAAGAUUGUAGUGCGGAUGUAA